CCUCAGGUCGUCAAGGCAGUAUAGCUUCUUCGGCGUUGUUUACGUUUAAAUUUUUCGUUUAUUUUUCUGUGAAGAAGUCCGAUCGCUUAUUUCAUUAUUUUGUAGGCAGGAUAUGGGUCUGAAGAAGUUAAAUUCAGAAUACAAUUCACGGUACAAGACUUUUGCAGUCCACAGACCAGUUACUACGAAGGCAAAAUUUUUAAGUCAUCCUUCUGGAAGUGCACCCGAGGCUCAGGAAAGUAGCAGAAGAGCUGGACUUUUGUCGAAUCAGUUUUCAAAUGUCACCGAGCCUGCCCUUCAGAGAAAAAGAAUCGUACCAUACAAAAAUAAUCACAACAUCUUAUCAACAAGCACUGUGAAGGAGUUGAAUGAUAAAGACUGGCUUGAUGCUGUCGGAAAUGGGGAGAGUGAACUACAAGCUGCUGGAACUGUUAAAAGAAAGGAUGAAAAGAAGGUGGAAGAUACUGAAUAUAAUUCGCAUUUUGCAAAGCUAACGGUUGCAGAGGAUAGUCCUAUAAUCCGUGCAAGUAAAGCAAAGAGGGAUCACAAAACACCAGAUCAAAAGAGACCUGCUAAAAGACCUAAUCCCCAGUCCCCUGACAGGCUACCUCCGGCAGGCAUACCAACGUACCAUGCUGACCCACAAGACAAAAGACUCCUCCGUCCAUGUGACGACCUGUUAUACCCGGAACCAUUUCAGGACGAACACAGGAAAUCCAAGACAGAAUAUUCUGAAACAUACAAAAAUUCUGUUCCUGCAACACAGGAUAAGAAGCCUCCGCCAAGCAGCGAAAUUGACAUGGCUACGUACAAGAAAGUUUUACUGCAAAGAGAUGACGCCUAUUGUCUUGCAGCGAGACCUAGUUCAUCGCCUGCUAGACAACAGACAUUGCCAAGGAACACCAUCCCGAAGGCAAAAUACACACGGUCACAAAGAGCUAGAAGGAGCAGUUUAGACUCCAAAACCCUGAGCUCGUACGUGUCUGAGAGUGGGAACAAGCCGUUGGCAAAAACGUACAAAUUAUCAAAGAGCAAACAGAAUGAGAGUAAAUCAAUAUCGAAAACAAGAGAAGCUAAUAGAUACACAACGAAGAGAAGCCUUGAUGAAGAUAGUAUGUCUUCCAUACGUUCAGCUAAACAUCUUGAAGCUAAAACAAGGUUGAAAAAAGAAGCCGAGAAAAAAACAGACGAACACCACGACAGAAACAAGCAUGAGGAUCUUUAUGCGAAAUCAGUUUCGUCAAUAGUUUCAUCUCGUAAUUCUAAAAGUUGGAAUAAUGAAAUGAAAUAUAAAGAGAAAAUACUUGCUGUCGAUUCUCGACAAAGAAGCGCAAAGAAUGAAGCCACUCAAUGUGAUUUGGAACAGCAAAGUGUCUCUUCCAUUCAUUCGGCAAGAGCUCUGCAAAAUACACCAAGAAAGCAAAACGAGAAGCGUUCCAGAAGUGUAGGAAAGAAAAAAGGUAAACAAACAUUGGACGAGCAGCCCGUAUCCAAAGGAAAACGAGAAUCGAGAAAGAUGAGUCAUGACAAUGAGCGGGACAUUCGAGAACGUGGGAGGUCCCCAACACCUGAAAUGCGCACAGCUGGUCAGUCACGAAGACAUCAUUUAGAUAUAACCACCGGUUCAAAUAAUCCACUCGCAACCGGCCCUGAUCCACGUCCGGAUAUCAAUAGGAGUCUGUAUGAACGAGCUCCUUACGACCCGAGCAGAUAUAGUGAUGUUGGUGAGUCACUGGCCUCGUCACGUUCUUUUGCAAGCUGGAGUGAUCGGUACUCGUGAAAUAUACUUUUGGCAAUAACAUAGGAAUUAGCAACUUCGGAUGGGAGACUAUGCAUGCAUCAAUAUACCAGAUUAAUUCUUUUUUGUUGCCGGCGUGUUUUAUUGUCAAUAACAGCGCUAAAAGCGCCGUGGGUUGAUGCUUUUUGUGUCAGAAAAUAAAAAAUUAGAAAUAUU